ACCAAAUAUUGAUCUUAUUAUAUCACAAAUUGGAAUUUUUUUUUAACGUGUUUCCCAAGAUACUCUAUUUUUUUCUAAUCUCUAUUUACCUGUUAAUUUGAAUUGGAAAUUACCCCAAAACAUGGGAUUGUGAAAUAGAUUGCAAGAAACUCGACCUUGAUUUCUUUCCGGUACAUGUGUACUGAAGACAUAACAACAUUGGCAUCGAAGGAUUUGACAGCUCUUAUUUAAUUUGUAAAAGUUACUCGCGAGCAAGAUCAGCGGAGUGUCAGUAUAAACAAAUGAACGUACAUUAUGGAGGAUUUGGCUAUGUUGUUAGGUAACUCAGAUUCAGAGGAGAGUGAAGAUGAAAACAGAAAUAACGAAAUGCAUGAUGAGGAAGAAAAGCACGUCAAUACUACCGCUGGUUUCGAUAGACACCUCCCAUCAACACACUCUUAUCUAGGCAAUGACAUGGAAGAUGUCCAUUCUGGAAGAACAAUUCAUGAUGACGAGUCUUAUAUUGAUAUUCCAUUAUACAUGCUUCCAGGAAUUGUAUUAAUUCCAGACCAGGUUAUCCCCCUUCAUUUAUUCCAGCCUCAGAUGGUGGCAAUGAUGAAAAGAGUGGCAGAACCAGAAAAUGACAAGACCUUUGGAAUAAUGACAUACAGAAAUCGAACUGAUGGAGAGAUGGAUGAAUUAGAUUAUAUUGGUACCACAGCAGAAAUAUUCUCCAUAAAAGAUGAAACUGACGACAUUUCUGGGAUAUCAACUCUAAGGAUAAAAGCCAGAGGGCGACAAAGAUUUCGUUUGAUAGAAUCACGAAGGGACAUAACUGGUGUAUUGAGAGCUAAAGUUAAAAUUAUGCCAGAAAGAAUUUUACCUGAGAAUUUAUGUGGUGCACGUCCUCCGUCACAUUUUAAAUUUUGUUGUAAGCCAAUGUCUGCAUCGGAUGCAACUGCAGCUUUGAAGACAAAGGUUGAGAAAAAAAGCAUAUUUAAGAAACACAAGGUUGCUGAAACUGCACCUGUAGCAGUUAAGAUACAUCGAAUAAAUAAAAUGACUUGUGCAAAUUAUACAUGGUGGCCUCCUUGGGUAUAUAAAAGAUUUGAUACAGAUAUAUUGUUUCAAGAAAUAAAGAAGGAAUUAAGAAGCUGGAACGAUUCUCUAAAUGAAGCUAAAAUCCCUCAAACACCAACAGAGUUGUCCUUUUGGCUGGCUCAAAAUCUUCCAUUGGAUGAUACAAUUAGACUUCGUUUACUUAGUUAUGACUCAGCCAUUCAGAGAUUGCGUUAUGAGCUAGUUGUGAUGAAAACAUGCACAGUUCUUCAAUGUAAAUAUUGUAAUGCACCAAUAGCUAACAAGAAUGAUGUGUUCAGUAUGGCGGUCGAGGGCCCAAUGGGUGCAUUCGUUAAUCCUGCUGGCCAUGUACAUGAAACAUUGACAAUAUACAAUGUGCAGAAUAUUCAACUAAUUGGUCGCUCUUCAACCGAACAUUCAUGGUUUCCAGGAUAUUCAUGGAAAAUAGCACAGUGCAGAAGUUGCGCCAAUCACAUGGGUUGGAAAUUUAAAGCUACACACAAAAACUUCACUCCACAACUCUUCUGGGGCAUGUGUCGAUCGUCGUUAGUUCCUGGUAUGAAGAGUGGGGAAAUGAAUAAAAGUCUGCAAGCUUAUCGCUAAAAUCUGUGAUUGUACUAUAUAUUUUAUUAGUGUUUCUGGUUUUUUUGCUUAAUGGAUAUUAACGAAAUAUUGGAAUGUUAAGGUUCACAGAUUUGCUAAUUUUAAGAAAAAAAAAGCCCACGUUGUUGUAACAGUGACAGUGGCAUGACCAUUUAUUUUGAAAUAGUAAAAGAUUUUAGGUGCUUUGUUUUGCUCAUGACUGAGAUGCAAUGAAUAUGCAGCACUUUUAUAAACGGAUAAUUGUAAAUCUGGCUUGAGGGAUGAAUGUUAAAACAUCAGAUUAUGUCACCCAUAACACAUGACAGCACCUUAACAAGAUAGGCACAUUAUCUGACGACAUCUCCAGGAUCGCUUUCUUUAAGGUUCCCAUACCACUGCUACUGUAAGCUGUCAGGGGUUCAUCAGUGCCUACACUCUAUUACCAUGCUUGAGGGAUGAAUGUUAAAACAGGUAGACAUUUUAGCUGGAAAGCGCGAAAAUCUGAUAUUCUCCCCAGCUGGGUCAGUAGCCAAUCGAAAUUAGUGACAAAAUAUGCAGGGCAUUACUUUAAGGGCUUGAUAGAUGUACGGAGUUAAAGCGAGAUUAAGACUUCUAUUGAAGAUGCUCUAUUACCCCACGUGCCUGCAUUUCUCUCUAAAGUAAAGUUAUUAUGAUUUCUGUGGUUUGCUGUUGGGUUUUCAGUGGUGCAUUUUUAUUGCAUCUCAAUAUAUAAUAUUGUUAAUGUUGUUGUGGUACUGUAUCUGUUUUGAGCUUUAAAAUAUUGUUUUGUUGGUAUUUUUAUGAUCAUGUGACUAUAACUUUUUAUAUACCCACAUUUAAUGUGGACGUAUAUUGUUAUUUAUCCUGUUCAAUGAUCUGUUUUUGUGAACACACUAAUGCUCAGUGUGCAUGACAGAUGUUGUGAAGUUGCCUCCCAGUUUAAGAUUUCUUAUGAACACAGUAAUAAAAUUUCAAACUCAUUUGUGCAUAUGGAAGAAAAUUAUUGAAAAUUCUAAAUUUUCAGGAUAGAGAUCUCAAUGGAAUUGUUGAACAGGGAUUUAUUGCUGGUAGUGAGCAUACAUGUAUAAGGAGGUCUGACAGACUCAAUCUAUGUUUUAAAUAAUAUAAGUUAAUAUAAGUAUUUUACAUCCCUUGAUUUGAUUAUUCUCUUGUGUGUUUUCUGAAGUCUAAUAGUGGGGUUGGGUGGCCCAAUGGUUAACGUGUGUUUGUUCAAUCAUAAGGUCUGUCAUUGAGUCAAAUGGCAUGGUUUUGAUUCCCUGAUUGUAUGUGACAAGGAGUAGGGUUUCCAUUCCAACCUAGUGUAUUUAAGUAGUUUAUACUUCUUUAUAUUUUAAUGAAUACUAAAAUGUUCACAAUUAUGAAAGAAAUUUUAUACUAGAACAAUAAAGUUAACUAUGGUGGCUGAUUGGUAUCAUGUCGGGUUGUUGUGGUGUCGGGUUAUAAUGUCAUGAUGUCGUGAUGUUGGGUUGUCGCCUUAUGAAGGGCGACACCACAACAUCACGACAUGAUACCAAUCAUCCACCAUAGUUAACACAUAGAUAGUACAUUAUGUUGUUUAAUGAGAUUGCACAGAAUAUCUCAUGAUAAAAGUAGGUUUAUUUACACACACCAAAAACUAAAAUGGACAGAAAUAAACCUAUUGUCUAAAACUUUUAGAAUCAAAAUAUUUGUGUUAUUCAGAAAUAAUCAAUAGAUUUAUAUGAUGGGAUAACCUAACUGGUUUAAGAAUUUUACUAUUCAGUUGUAUCAGUGAUAUGGUAAUUCAAAUUGAUUAUAUACCUCUAUUCUGCUUUAAAAGCUUAUAAGUAAAUUAUUUGAUAUAUAUGUGUGCACACCAUUAUGCAGUUUAAUUACAUAUUAGAUGAAAGCCACAGAUAAUUGUUCUG